GGAGAGGAGGAUGUUCCUUCAGGACACUCCGCUGCAGCCACCUGGGUAUCACGUAGUCUACUCGAGAGGAACUAGAUAACCGAAAACUCGUGAAACUCAGCUUUUCUGUCACGUCAAGGGCUCAGGUGUAUUCGCGAUGGUCAGCUUCCCGCAUGUCUCAUCGAAUCGAACGUUCUACCUGCGCGUAAGUGUCCCCAGGGCUGCUGUCCUGUAAAUGGGACUACGCCGUCCAGAGCUCAACUUUUUCUGCCCCCGGCAAGACUAUGCGGUACCUAGGUGCCCUGCUAAAUGCACUGGCCAGCAGUUUGCGAGAACAGGGAGGGUGGGACAGGCAACCGAGGGAGAGGUGGAAGUGGAGAGAUGCACCCUCCGUUCCGGAUCGCCGUGUUGGGCGCGCAGGGGGUGGGCAAGACGGCCAUCGUGCAGCGCUUCCUCCGCGAUGACUACAGCGAGACGCCGGUGCCAGGGCACAGCCGCAAGGUGCACCUGUCAGCGGCGGUGCUCAACGGGCAUGUCCACGACCUGCAGAUCACAGACUACCCGGCCAUCACCAGCUUUCCUGGAAGCACUCUGCAGGAGUGGACCGACUCCUGCUGUCGAGGCAUUCGCAGUGCUCAUGUCUACAUCCUGGUUUAUGACAUCUGCUGCUUUGACAGCUUCGAGUACGUCAAGACUAUGCGCCAACAAAUCUUAGAGACCAGGGUGCUUGGCACCGCCGAAGUGCCCAUUCUGAUCGUGGGGAACAAGCGGGACCUGCAGCGCGGCCGGUGCAUUCCCCGCCACAAUGUUUCAGAUCUGGUGCGCAAGACCUGGAAGUGCGGCUACGUGGAGUGCUCGGCCAAAUUCAACUGGCACGUGCUGCUCCUGUUCGGCGAGGCUCUGCGCAGCGUCGGCUGUGCCCGCUGCAAACACAUCCACGCCACCAUUCGCUUCCAGCGGGCGCUCCGGAGGGAACGCUGUGCUCUCAUGUGACCAGCCUUGCCUCCCACAUCCCCCCCGUUCCCCCACGGCUGCUCCCUUAGAGAUCGAUCUUUUGGGAGCAGUGGAGACUAACCACAGCAAAACGGUCUGCCAAGCCAAGAAGAAAACAUCUAAAGCUUCUUAUCCAAGUCCAUCCUGUAUCUGUUUUUGUUUUGUUUUGUGUAUUUGGUAAGAAAACAAAAAUAGACCACUGGUGAUGUGGCGCAAGCCUCAAACAUAAUGACAGUCAUCACACCACAACGACGAUAAUGCAGUGCAAUCAUCUGAAUUAGUCAUCUGACUAGGGUUGAGGAGCUGUCUUCUGUUGAUUACUUGUCCAAGUAAACAGAUCUUCCAGCUCUAAUGAGCACAGUACUUUCUCCCUCUGCUGACUGGUCAAACUCUGUGAACCAUUUCUAUGGCAUUUCUUUUGCAUGUGUCCGCUUUUUGCAGAGGAUGUCUGUCUGAUAAAUGCUGUAAUUCGAUCUCUGUGAAACAUACAAGGGUUUUAUUACCAAAGGUUAUUCAAUGUAUGCAGAAGUAUCGGAGAAACUUGCUUCCUAGAGCAACAACACCAACGUCAGAGGACACACUGCAACCUAUUAUUGACCAGAAUAAUUUAUUUCAUCCUGAUUUCAACAUGAAGAAAUGCUUCCUUUUGUUAGUCAUAUGCACACAAUAUUCAUAGCUUUAAGGGAUUGUGAUAUCAACCAACUCACCACCAGGUGAAAUCUGGAUCCCAUUGUAGUUUAUAAUCAAAAUAUGCAUUAGCACCAAAUCUGCCCAUGGGUAUGUUAUUUUUGAAUAUUGUAUCCAUAUUUCCAAUUCAAUUUGAGAGAAGGAGUAAAUGCUUCCCAGCCCCUUUUCAGGUCUUUGGUAUUGCUUUCAGCUGGGGCUGUAUGGUUGCUAAAAAUGCACUACUUGUUUAAUGAGAAAUGCUAGUGGAACACCCCCCAUUCAACUCCAAAUAGCCUACUGAGAUUGUUUCCAGUUGCCCGUUUCUAAUCUUCUCUGUUCAUUAUGAAAUGUUUUACUGGGGAGUCAGGCAUUAAAAGACCCUUGAGAUGACAAGGCACUCACUCUUUAGUGGAAAUAGUGGUGUGUGUUUUCAGUGAGAGGUGUGUGGUGUUAAACCAGAGGCGUUCAUUGCAGUGUUGUGCAUGCGUGUGUUGACAGCAUGCUAAUGAAACAAAGCAGAGACUUGUGAGAUCAACUUAAAUAUAUUAUAUUUGACUUGCCCUGGAAGUACAUGUUGUUCACUCAGUGUCAAGGAAAACGAGUGUGUGGCAACACCUCAGCCUCAAAAUGUAAAGUGUGAUAGCAGGGAAAAUCUUUCAUUUUGUACUGUCUGUCUUAACGGAGGCACCCACCUCACACAUUAUACUUUGCAAUAAGGGCAUAUGGUUUUUAGUGUAGAACGUAGAAUAAGAUUGUGUGGUUAAGACACAAUGUUAUAAUCUUUGUCCAAUUCUUGGGGUAAAGCUGACAUGGUUUUUAUAAUGACCUUGAGUAAUGUUGAAAUUUUGAAGCGUGACCUUCUCAUUUGAAUAGACUCAUCCAGAAACUGAAGAAUCCACAGAAUGGUAACAACACCAUCUAAUCCAUAAAUAAAGUGCAUUCUUGAAAUGUGAAA